GUCAUCGUCGCGUCAGCAAAUAGGGAAAUGGAGAGGAAAGGGGGCCUUAGCGAUACCUUAGCGUACUGCAGUUAUUAGCGCUCAAUUUGUUUGAUUUGCCGAAUGGACAUUUUCAUGGUGGACUAAAUGCUCCAUUCCAGAAGUCAUGGAGUCCCAUGAAGAAAAGCCCAUCAUUUACACGAUGGAGAAUAAACCCAUAGUGACAUGUGCUGGGGACCAAAACCUCUUAACUGCUCUUUAUAGCCUGCUGGCACAGCAGCUUUCCCGGGAGCCUAUGGAGUGGAGAAGGUCUUAUGGCCGAGCACCGAAGAUGAUUCACCUAGAAGCCAACUUUGUCCAGUUUAAAGAUGAGCUGCUUCCUAAAGAGGGGAACAAAGCUCUCCUCACGUUCCCUUUCCUGCAUAUCUACUGGACUGACUGUUGUGACACCGAGACAUAUAAGGCCUCAGUGAAGGAGGACAUGCAACGAUGGCAGAGUGUGCUGAAGCUACAUGGCUCAACCGACUGGCUCAUCGUGGUUGUGGAAAGUGACAAUAAGAAGAAGAACAAGACCAACAUCCUUCCACGCACCUCCAUCAUGGACAAGAUCCGCAACGACUUCUGUAACAAGCAGAGUGACAGGUGUGUUGCUCUGUUGGAUCCCCUGAAAGAGUCAUCUCGCUCUCAGGAGUCGUGGAACUCCUUCCUGGCGAAGCUGCGCACUUUGCUUCUCAUGUCCUUUACCAAGAACCUGGGUCGAUUCGAGGACGACAUGCGCACUCUGCGUGAGAAACGCACAGAACCUGGCUGGAGCUUCUGCGACUACUUCAUGGUCCAGGAAGAGCUGGCAUUUGUGUUUGAGAUGCUUCAGCAGUAUGAGGAUGCACUGGUCCAGUAUGACGAGUUGGACGCCCUCUUCACCCAGUAUGUCCUCAAUUUUGGCGCUGGAGAUGGAGCCAACUGGCUAGGCUCGUUUUGCCAGCCUGUGCGGAACUGGAACGGGCUGCUCCUUCGCAGACCUAUAGAUAUGGAGAAGAGGGAGCUAAUCCAGCGUGGCGAGGCUAGCCUGCUAGACCUGCGUAGCUACCUGUUCUCUCGCCAAUGCACACUACUUAUCUUCCUGCAGAGGCCCUGGGAGGUCACACAGAGAGCCCUGGAGCUGCUUCACAACUGUGUUCAGGAGCUCCGUCUACUUGAGGUGUCUGUACUACAGGGGGCUCUGGAUUGCUGGGUUUUCCUCAGUUGUCUGGAGGUGCUGCACAGGAUUGAGGGCUGCUGUGAUCGCACCCAGCUGGAGGCUAACUUCUCCCACACUGUGGGCCUCUGGACUUAUGCUACUGAGAAGCUGAAGUCUCUGGGCUGUUUGUGUGGUUUGGUGUCUGAGAAUGGGCCCAACUCUGAGGAGCUGAACCGCACUGUUGACCUGCUUGCAGGCCUUGGCACAGAGAGACCAGAGACAGCUAACAGUCUUCAGAGCCCAUAUAAAAAACUUAAAGAAGCCUUAUCAUCAGUGGAAUCCUUUGAGAAACACUACCUGGAGUUGUCCCAUGCUGCUCUGGAAAUGUACAGAGCCAUUGGGAGGUUGCGGUCAGCUCGACUGGUGGGAAAGAGCCUGGCUGAGUUCUACAUGAGGAAAGGUGAUGCCCAGACAGCAAAGACCUUCUUGCAGGACUCUUUGAAGUCGUACACGGCAGAAGCCUGGAGUUUGCCUCUCACACACACGCGCAAACAAAUCGCAGAGUGUCAGAAACAGCUCCAGCAGACAGAGGACUACUUGCAGACAAGUGCUUUGCUUGCUAGUGAUCCAAACCUGACAGAUGAGGAGAGAAAGCACUUCUGCCAGGAGAUCCUCACCUUUGCUAACAAGACUCCAGAGGGCAAAGGUCAACAAGUAGCCCUGAGCAUGACUGCGUUUGCUCAGCUGCGAGAGCUGAAGUUUCAGCCAGCAUCUGCAACAGUGCACGUUGGUGCAUCCCUGCAGUUGGAGCUGCGUCUGUGCAGCCUAAUGCCUGUUCCCGUUCGGCUGGAGCAGCUGGCAGCCAGCAUCCACUUUAUGGGGGAACGACCAGGAACACGUUCUGGCCCUACAGGCACCCAGCGGCGCCCCGGUCUCAGUCCAGAUGGCACCAUUUCUUUCCCCGCUGUGAGUCCUUCUGGUGGUGCAUUGCCAGGAACAGGCAUGCCUGCUCUGGAACUUAACGAACUACAGGACCGUAGUCCCUCCGACAACAUGCUCAACUCCACUAGUGUUGUCUGCAAGAAUGCACACUUGCUGCUGCGUGGCAAUGAGGGUUCUUCCCCCUUGGAUGUGCACAGCGCUGUAGGCUCUGCCUUUACUAUAGAAGACGGAACGCAGGUGCUGAAGACCAAUAAUGUGACUUUGUUGCCAGGCAACAACAGCAUCAUCUUCACAGCACUGAGCACAAAACCUGGCACCUAUACAUUGCGACAGCUGUGUGCUACAGUGGGCUGUGUGCAGUUUGUACUGCCUCACAUUUACCCCAUAGUGAAAUAUGAGGUUUAUUCCCAGGAGCCUCAGCUGACCAUUGAGCCCCUCACAGAGAGCCUGCUGGCUGGGCUUCCUCAGAGGGUGAAGUUUACCAUUCUAACAGGCCACUACGAAGUUAAGAAGGGUGACGCUCUGCAGCUGAGUAACACAGACUCCAUGCCUAUUCUGCACUCCUCCUCCUGCUCUGCCCGUAUUCUCUCUGGCACUGGAGAGCUGGUGGGAGAGGCUGCUCUAUCCAUCCAGUCCUCAGAGAAGGUAACAAGCAUCUCUUUGCCUCUCACUCCACCAUACCACACACUGGAGUUCCAGCUAGAGGUGCUAUGCCAUAUCCCAUUAUCACCAGCACGGGUUGAAAGUGAGCGUCUCACCAACGGAGAAAUCCGUCACCGCCCAAAGAGCCGCACCCGCUUCAACAGCGGCAUGGCCUUCGUCGACCAGAAGGUCUCCAUUGACUGUCCGUGGUCUAUAUAUUCUAUCCUCAUAUCUCUCACCUUCUACACCCCCUUCAGAGCCAAACACUCACUACUGUCAGCAGGGAAAAGGAAGUACAUCCAGGUGUGCCUUGAAAACGUAUCGAACACAAACUUUUGUCUUGCUAAUCAGACCCUGUCAGAGCAUCAGCACACACCUUUACUGGAGCUCCUCUCUCUCAACGCUAAAACACGUCAGGUGGUGUACAGUAAGCAGAGUGUGUAUAGUCUGUGGGAGGUGAAGUGGACCACUGAGCCGCUGCCGUGUCUGCAGUGCGUGUUUUCUGCCAGCUUUUCUCCUGCCGACGCUCCUGACACAGCGCUCAAACCCUACAGCUAUGAGUUCCAGUUGGAGAGAGUCUCAACACUAUACAGUGUGAAGGCAGACAUCCAGCCUACGGUGGGGGAGCAACACUGCCGCGCUGGCACCCUCUGUCGGCUAGAAGUAUCAGUCACACGUCUGAUAGAGCCAAGUGAGGCAGAGGGAGAGGACGAGGAGUUAAUGGAGAACGAAGGUGUCCGCACGGCCAAGCUCAUGUAUGAGGUGGUGGAUAACAGCAGUAACUGGGCUGUGUGUGGGAAGAGUUCAGGGUUAGUGUCCAUGCCCGUGGCUGCCAUGGCAACGCACAAAGUACAGAUGGAGGUCAUGCCUCUGUUUGCAGGCAAGCUGCCCUUCCCCAGCAUCAGAGUCUUCAAAUACCUGCCCCACAGUGCACAACCCACGAGCCAACCUGACACAGAUUCAUGCCUAGAGAACGACAACCUCUCUCUUCUGGACAAGGGUCUGGAGGAGCAGGGAGACACAGCCAGUCUGCGAAGCCGAGGAAGCAUUCACUCUGUGGGCAGCAAUGAACAGCAGCAGAGGGCUCUUCCCAUGCCCCGGCUCGAGCCCUUCAGUCCGGGCCAAGUGUUCAACUCCAGCCAGGCGCAACAGGUCCUAGUGCUGCCCAGCACAGAUGACCAUAUACUUGAGGUCAAUGUCACAUGACACCCAUGUAAGGCCCUGCCCCACCUGGUCCUGGACCCUGCUUUUUGUGAUCUUAUUGGACAGGAGAUGGGGGACGAGGGGGGCUCAGGUAUAAGGGCGGUGGCGUGUCCCGAUCUGUGUACUCAGUGGGUGGGCAAUGGGUGUUGGCCUGGCCUGAAUACAGAAACACUAACCAAUGGCAGGAGCCUGAGAAUCAAUCUACUAUCUAAUGGUUUUUGUCUCAUUUCUUUAUUGCGUUCUCAUCUCCUCAGUCACUUUCUCCUAUGACUCAGUGGGCAGUCAGCCCCAGUUUAGCUUCCUGCAGGGGAAGUCAUCAAAACUACCAUGACAGAGUCAUACUAGCUGAGACACAAAUGUGCACACACAACAAAUACACAGUGACCUCUGUGGAAGGGUUGGCAGGUAUUGUGAUUAUUAAAAUGGAAAUACACGUGUAUCCAUUGCAAGAUUUUAUUUUUUAUUUUUUUUGUUGUUGUUUACUGUCUGACCCCAGGCUCACAUGCAUGUAUUUGCUCUGAAACAUGAACUUUGACAGAGGAGGUGAGAGUGGGAGGAGACGAGUAGAGAGGAGACUGCUGAUUUACUGAUUAAGAUUAUCUGUUCGAUUAGGCUGCUUCAAUCAAGCUUGCUGAUGUAUGUGUAUGUAUGUGUGUCCUGCUAAACAGACGUGCAGUCCCCUUGCCCUGUAUGUACUGUUAAAGAUAUAUAUAUAUAUAUAUAUAUAUAUAUACAACGGGCACGGACCAGUUCGGAGUUGAAGUUGACUUCAUGUAAGCAUGAGUCACUAACUCUGAAGCGAGUACUUGAUUACUUAUUUUCCCCCCGUUUUUUCUGCAGAUUAGGCUGACACCUCAGAGAAAACCAUACUGUAUUUCCUUUACGCUGCAUCUGUGCUUGCAAAUGACAAAACGUCAGACAGCAAGUUAUCUAUGAUGCAGCAAAGAAGCAAAUGGAAGUAAAUCCUUUGAACCAGUCCGUCUGGUGCCCUCAUCGGAACUCUAAAACCGUGUGACAGCAGUAACAACCACUGCACACCUACAAAAGAGAGAAGCCUGGAGCAACAAUAGCAACUUACUAACACACUGCAUGCUUGACUGGGGAGAUUGUGAUGCCCUCCUGUUUUUCAACCAAAAGACACGGCUGCGUACGUUAAUGGUUUGCACAUAGUACCGGGGCAUUGUUUUGCAUCACACGGUUUGUUGCUGUGCCAAUCCAAUAUAAUUCUUUGCACAUUCAAGCUACAGCUCAAUUUGGCUUGCAGCAUUGAACCCUUUCAGGAGUGAGUUUUUCCCAGAUGCUACACUGACACAGUUCUAAAUGACACUAUGAACGAUAAAUCAUUUGUUUACAUGACAUUCCAGUUGCACAUGUAUGAGAAACACUCCUGUAAUGGGUUGAGCAGUGGGAAACCAGUUCAGUAGAUUCAGAAAUCUCUGCACAGUGACUAAAUAUUAAACAGACAAGUGAGGAUGAUCAGCAUUUAUCCUCAUGUCAUGGAGUCUGUACACCCAUUUCAUUUUCUGAUGGUCUGAUGAAGCAGGGAGGUAAUAGUUAUAACUUAAUAAUGCUGACACUUCAUGUUUUGUUUUUGGGUUUUGUGCACUAAUGGUAACGAAAGGCCUGUGACGGCUGAAAGCCUGAGGCUGUACUUGUAAUAGCUGGAUACACUUUAGAGUGCACUAACUGAGUACGUCAGAUAAUUAUCACCAGCUAGUGAUGGGUGGGGGUGGGGGAGUAUUAUGUUCAAGACUUUUAGCACUUGUUCGUGAGCAGCCAAAUGAGUUUGUGUUGUGUGCUUUCUGGUUGAAGUAUUUGGGUCUGUUGCUGUAAGCAAACGUUUGGGAAAGUACAAAUUACAAAGAAGCAGACUUGUCAUAUCUUUGCUUGUAUAUGUAUGCGUCAUUGCAGAUCCUCUGAUUUUCAUGGCUAGCACAGUAUUUAUUCUAUGAAUAAAUCCUUUCUUCUGUCUCAGAUGAGUUGAAUUAAUCAGGGGUCAAGUCUUUAACAGUAAGAGAGUGAUCAGUCUGCCUCUCUCCCAUCAAUUGUAUGAUCAGAUGGGUGUCAGGAAGCUGAACUGUGAACCAUUACUCUUACACACUUCAUACACAAGGGAGCCUGUUUGCCUCCCACUUCAGCAGAUGGACUGUGGGAUUACAUCAUGUGAAUCAGUGGGUCAGCCAACAAUGUCAAAUAUUCACAAGCUGUUUGUAAAUUAUUCCAUCAGUUGAGCACCACAGAUUGUAUUUAGAUUAAUUAUUUAAAUGAAGAGUAUGUACACAUUAUACAAUUAUAAAAAAAAAAUAUGUUUUAAAAA